AUGAACGACGAAGAUUCUUCAAGACCGACAGAACACGUCGACAAGGGAAAGCGACGAGCUCAGGAGCCGUCAGAACGCACACCCCUGCUUGCUUCAUCUUCUAGAACAAUAGAAGAGAUUGCGGAGCCGCCAGACUCCCGUAGACGACUCCGGGCAACGCUCACCACUGUAUUUCUAGUUUCUCUGUCGAUAUGUAUCUCUUUCUUUAUCCUGGCGGCUCUCUUUGCUUGGUCGUACGCCUCUCGUGCUUCGAACCUCGACCCAGAGCACAUCAUCAACCACGACCUGGUAUUCUCGGGACCUGACAAGGUGGACGUCCUGAACAUCACAGACGACGGUGGGAUAUGGCUAAACGUCAAGGGGAGGAUGGGAAUGGACGCCGGGGCCGUCAUAGGUGUUGGGAGCAGCGAGGAUGAUGGUUUCUUGGAGAAAAUGUGGAAAGCCGUGGGGCGAUGGGGAGUGCGGACCUUGGACAGGGUAUCCGUCAACCUGACGACUAUCAGAAUCACAACCGACUACGACUCUUCGGCAGUGCUUGUAACGGUAGAUGUACCACCAAUUGAGGUCCCACUGGCAGCGGAUCCUCCGAUGGACAAAUCGUGGCUAACAAAGGUGUCGACGCCUGCUCUUAUCCACCCGACAAAGAAUACCACCCUACUCUUCCGUUUCUUGAAGGAGUCGUGGCACCGUGGGACGCUGGAUGUACGGGCGGACGUUGGGCAGGCAUUUAUUCGAGGCGGGCCAUUGAACGUGGGUGGUUGGAGGAGCAAAUUCAUGGGCAGGAUGUCGAACAUCAAGUUGUCCUUACGGAUGAAGAUGCCUUCAAUACCUGGAUUUCCGCCACCUGGUCGAAAUGUACCGUUUCCAAGUGUACCGGACCUCGUGAAACUGCAAUCGUUUCGAGUCGCAUCGGAAGAUGGCCAACUUGCUCUCAACGCUACUGCGACCGUUGUAAACCCAGUACCUGCCGACUUUGUCCUCUCCGUGCCCUCAUUACCUUUCGUGAUCUCUUUGCCGCACAAGCCACCGAUCGACCUCGCCUCCGUUUCCACCAAGCCAUUCCGUCUUGCCUAUCCCAAAGUCACGCUCUCGAUUUCCGGAAACGUCCUGCCCAUAUCCACCUCUUCUUUCAACGUCCUCUCUCAAUUCGUGACUCGGUAUCUCUCUGGCCAGUCAAACAUCGUCCUCGUCUCGUCGCCCCUCCUUCCAAACCUCAGCGUGGAGGCAGAAUUCCCGGGGCCGUAUCCGCGCCCACACCUGCUCCGCAACGUCACUAUUCACGACAUGAAGAUACGGGCCACAGGUAGCGUGUUCCUUGCGAGCGGUACGGUAUACGCGCGGGUUGUGCUGCCUGCAGGCAUCGAAGUCGGGCUGGACGUCUUCCGUGUGUUCCCUGACGUGCUCAUCUUCGAUGGCGAAGUUCCGGAGCCUGCCCCUCUGGAGCUCUUCGAGCACAAGAACCACAAGAAGCAUAACGAGACGGCGCCUCCAGAGGUGCCGUUGCCGGACCCGCUGCCAGAGAAGGCGUUUGGGCACAUCCGGCCUGACGAUUGGCUUCCGUCGGUCAGCAAUCCAAUCGAGCCGGAGGGCGGCAAGGGUAUCGCGUACGAGGUUUCGGCCAAGGUCGUUGAUGUGCCGCUCGAGGUCCUGCCUGGGAGGCAGAAGGAAUUUAGCAACUUUGUUGGGAAGGUGAUAUUCGGCUCAGAUGGAGCAACUGCUGGCAUCCAAGGUUCCGCCGCUGUAACGGUUGCUGUAGAGGGUCUACCUUUACAUGGACCUGGACGAAAAGCUGGCGAGGUCGUACUCUCUGGGCUGCCUUUCCAGGGAAGCGUGCUCGUUAGGAAGAAGAGCUUGUUCAAAUUGAAGCAGGGAUCAACAUGGAUGGACAUUCUCCAUAGAAUCCGUUCGCAUAUCCCUAUCUAA